UACGAUUGCUAUUUUUUGAAGCUCACCAAGUACCUCAUGAUAUCCGGCGGUACUUGGCCCACGGUCGACCAAGGGAAAGUGUACAAAAUUUUCAGCGUACUCAUUCAAUCCUACUUCGUGGUGUUCGUUUUCACCAUAUCCCUGAAAUGCAUCAUGCUCAUGAAGGUGCUCGACACCAGCGCCAGGGCCAAUGUGUUCACCUUCAUCUUGGAGUAUUGGCUGACGCUGUGGAAGGUGGGCGUGCUCAAGAAGCAACCCAUAAUGGACAUGAUGCGAGAGAUAGCCGUUUUGGAGAAGGAUUUACAGCGAAGGAACGAUCCGAAGUUAAUGGAGAUCUAUAAGAAAUAUUCUGUUUACAACUUUAAAAUAGGUCUUAUCUUACCGUUGACGACGGGUUUUUGUGCUUUAUGCAUGUCAGGUGUGUUUAUAGUGCAAUGGGAUAUUUUUAAGGGAGACAAAAUGUUCGUUAUACCUCAACAAUUACCGUACAAAGAUCAUUUUUAUGACUUCUACUACUGGAAUCAAUUAUUCUGCGGCAUGCUCGGUGCUAUUUACAUCGUUUGCGUGGAUGCUUUAAUCGUAUCUCUGAUCAUAUUCACUACGCUUCGAAUGAAAUUGUUGGGGCAAAAUUUGCAAAUGCUAUUCCGCGAUAAAAAUAUGAACCAAGCGGAAAAUAACAAACAUUUACGCAUGCUGAUAAUGGAACAUCAGAAUAUCAUAGACCAUGUGGUAGAGUUGAACGACAACUUUAAGCUUCUAUUUUUCGUAGACUUUUCGAUCAAAUCGUACCAAUUGUGCCUAGCAAUGUUCAAUUUAUUAGAGGUGGCAGGUGUACCAUUAAUGUGGGCAAUAUUCAACACAUCUGAGAGUUUUCUAUUACUGUUGCAAUCUGUGGUUAUAUAUUCUCAAUCCAACGAUAUAAUUGUGGAGAGCCAAGAACUCGCUACAUCGAUUUAUAUGGUGAAUUGGUCCGGCCAGCCAGUAAGCAUCACCAGAAGCCUUGCAAUAAUGAUGAUAAGGGCUCAGAGAGCUUUGAAGCUUGAAAGCUACGGCAUUGUUAUCUUGAGUAGUGAUUUAUUGCAAAAGGUUGUUAAAGCUGGAUAUACUUACAUCGUGCUUAGCUUGCAGAAUAAAAAGUAAAACAAAAAAUUAGUAAAUUUGCUAGUUAUUCGAAAUAUCGUCGAAGACUUUGCCUUGUUCUUUUAGGCUAGAGUUCAAUACUCUAAUUUAUUUUUUCGGGAAUAGGCACACUGGAGUUAAUAAACUGCUCCAUACAAGUUAAGGAAGUUCGCAAAUUUUGCGAUUAUUUUAAAAGUUACAGACUUUUUGAUCACCAAAUUUUCAAAUAUGCGAAAUUAAAUGUUUUCUCUCAUAUCUGAGUGGUUUUUUUGUCCCUACCUCUACAACUCAUACUAAAUUUGGCAAUCAAAAAACC